AUGGCUGUUACAGAGCAUCCAGCUUCGAAAGUCAAUGAAGUUACCCCUCUCCUGUCGAAGGGGCCACUGAUAGAAGCCCCGAAAUAUGGCAAAUCUGUGCUGUACCGAGCCUUACUUUGCGGCUUCCUGGUAUCAUUAUCUUUUGGAGUUACUCAAGUUCCACUUCUAUAUGUUUUCCGCUUGAUGACUUGCGAGGUAUACUAUCAAACGCACCCGGAGCCAGGGCCUGGUUCUAAUAGAUGCUCCAAUCGUGAAAUCGAAGCGGGAACCUCCCGUGCUUAUGCGUUGCUGAGCGCCUUCACAACUAUUUUCGGAGUCUUGAACCUGCUUAUCACUGGAUGGACGAUAAAGAAAUUCGGCAUCAAGAUAGGGCUAUUGCUGUCUGUAUUCUGGCCGGCAGCACGCCUUGUCGUGCAAAAUGUCGCAGUGAUGAUUGGAGGUGGUAAAGGUAUCAUCGUAAUCCAAGCUUCGCAGAUUAUCACCGUACUUGGAGGGCCGUCGGGGUACCUUCUCGCGUUGAACUCUUAUGUCACCGAAAUCUUGGAGCCUAGUGAAAGAACGGGGGCGCUUGGUAAAUUGCAAGGCUGUUGCUUCCUAGGAAUGUCGAGCGCGUAUCUUAUUGGUGGAACUAUCAGUGAUGCAUUUGGUAUUAUUGCACCUUUCAGGUUAACGCUGAUUUUGUUCAUGGGUUCAUGUGUAUAUGUGCUAUUAGCACUACCUCAGAUCCCACCAUCAGAAGCAAUAACUUCUCAGGCUUCAACCGGAUUCAGCAAAUUCUUUGGCCCACUUAAGAUGUUUGUUCCUCGGCGAUGGGUCCUUCCCGGUGGUCGAAUCGAGACACAAUACGGAAUGAUUCUCCUAGCUAUAGGCACGUUCAUGGGCGUGCUAGCUACAGGUUACAUACCUACCCUACUUCAGAUGUACGCAACUGACAUUUACGAUUUUGGGACCUCGGAGAACGGUUACUUGAUAUCUUUGAACUCAUUUAUCCGUGGCUUGUUUCUCGCCAUCGCCUUUCCCAAAAUCAUUAAUGCUGGGCGGAAAUGGUUCGCGGGAUUGACGUAUUCCAAACCUACCGAGACGGCUACUCCGAAAGACUCUACCAUUCCAGGUAUACCCAAUCAACAAAACGAUAUAGCGGCCCUUGAGGCUAUGAAUGAUGAAGAGGAGCCAGUUGAGCCUCCAGAACUAGUUGGUGAGAGAGAAACAUUUGCGUUCGAUCUCAUAUACACCAGAUAUAGCUUGCUCGCUGAUGGAAUCCUUACCGGAGCAGCUGCAUUUGUGAGCCAAGGAUGGCAGAUGUAUCUUGUUGCAGCCCUGCUUCCUCUUGCAGCGGGGACAGGAGCCUCGGCCAAAGGUACAAUUCUGCAGAUGUGUUCGGCUACCGAACGCGCCGAUGCUUUGAGCGCUAUUACACUUAUUGAGAUGAUUGCUAGACUUACAACUACAAGUAUCUUUGGUUUAGUAUUUGCUGCAUUUGCAGAAAUUGGGAAGACGUAUCUUGUGUUUAUAUGCAAUGCUGUGAGUGACACUUUAUCGUUGUCUAUGGAGCUUUUUACUGAUUUUGUCAGGCUGUUGCAAUACUUGGCUUUUGUGUAUUAUUGUUUUCGAGAUUCCCACCAGAUGGAAGUGAAAGAUUUGAUGAGGGGGAAGAUGUUGAGGACGCCGGAACAGCUUAAUAAGAUGACCACUAAGUCUCGUGAUACAGACCUGAUUCCCCGCCUGAACGUGUAA